AUGAGUAGCAACAUAUUUUUGGAGUGUGAAACAGAGAGAGACGAGGCAGGGAUGGAAGAAAAUGAAAGAGAUGCAGAGAGAUAUGAGUAUGAAAGAGAUACUGAGAGAGAUACUGAGAGAGAUAGGUCUCCAUGUUAUGAAGAAGCAAGAGUUGAGAGAAAUGUGAGGGAUUUUGUAGAUGAAGAUGUUGAUUUGUUUGCUACACCUGUCGGCUCAGAUGAUGAUCAAGAUGCUAAUGAAGGAAAUGGUUACUUCACAUACAAGAAAGGCAGUGGUGAGCUUCAGUUAAAACAAGCCUUUGAUAGUUUACAGGCUUUCAAGCAAGCGAUGGUAGAUUAUGUGUUAAAAUAUGGUUGGAAUGUGAAGUAUGUCCGUUGGGAUAAAGACAAAUCUGAACUCAAAUGUGCUAGUGAAACAGAAGAAGGAGAAGAAGCUUGUAUGUGGAGGAUAUACUGCUCCUAUGAAGCACCAUUGCAAAAAUGGAUGGUUAAAGUGUAUGUGAAGGAUCAUAGUUGCAGUAAAAGUGGGUACUCAAGGCUGAUUAUACAAGAAGUCAUUGCCAAGUUGUUCAAAGAUGAUCUUAGAGACGACCCCAAGAUUAUGCCAAAGGAGAUAUUGGUUGAUAUUCAGAAGCGUUGGGAAUUGACGGUGACCAUAGAUCAGUGUAGAAAUGCAAAGACAAGGGCUUUAGAAAUGAUCAAAGAGGAGAAUGAUCAGCAGUUCUCAAGGCUUAAAGAUUACCGGCUAGAGUUGUUAGAGUCCAAUGAGGAUUCAACGGUAGAGCUCGAGACAUUCAACGGAGAUGAUGGUUCAGAUGUUUUCAAUAGAUUUUACGUUUGCUUUUCUGCAUUGAAGAAGACUUGGUGUGCUCACUGUCGACCGAUCUUUGGUCUUGAAGCAUGCUUCCUCAAGUGCACAACAAAGGGUCAGUUGUUAGCAGCUGUUGGCAGAGAUGCAAAUAACCAAAUGUUUCCUAUAGCGUGGGCUGUUGUUGACGUCGAGAGUGAAGACAAUUGGGUUUGGUUUAUUGAGAAAUUGCAGACGGACCUGAAUCUCCAUGAUGGUGAAGGCUUCACUAUCAUAUCAGAUAGACAAAAGGAUGUGUGCAAGACAUAUUUACGCAAACUUAAAGAAGAAACAUCCGCAUAG